AUGUCCUACACCAGAGCAGAAGCUGAAGACCUGCUGGUCAGACUGGAGCACAGCCUGCAGCGACAUGCGGACGCUGCUGAGACUGAGGUCUUGAAGGACCGCCAGAGUUUCCGCAGAAGGUAUCAGGAGGCCACACGAUGUCACAAGUCUCAAGAUCGCGACAGGAGCUUGGAGCGGCCCGAGAUUUACUCGCCAAGGCAGCAGCUCGGAAGCUUUGGCAUUGAAUGCAUCGCGCGGGGCGACCGAUCCCUCUUGGAGGACGUCUUCGGGGGAUCCUGCGAGUACUUCUGGCGCUACCAGAAUGCCCUGGAUCGGGUUCAGCUCUCCGAGGAGCAUGCCCAGGAUCCACGGCUGGGAGACCUUCGAGCUGGGCUGCAGACAGCCAAGGCGGUGCUGCAGGACGUAGGCAGCUUCAAAGUUUGGCUACUGGAGAUGACCGCCCCGACGGAACUGACCUACGAUGGCCUGGGCCUGGGGACCUGGCCCCUCGAGUGCAUCAACCUGGAGCCCACGCUGAAAGGCUGCAACAAGGCCACGGUGCGUUUCAUGGCGACGCCAUCGUUGCCUUCGUGCCUGAAGCUAGACCGGACUUCUGGUGAGAUCACGGGCCCCGUCCAAGAUCCGGAGGAUGAUGCUUGGGCCCAGCCCUACACCAUCAUUGCCUCCAAUGCGGCUGGCAUGACCAGCACUGACGUGAAUUUCAGUGGGAGGACACUGCCUCCGAAAAUCAUGAAGUACGCGGGUGUCUCUGUGGAGACGGCGCGGUGCCAGGUUGGCCAGAAGAUUUGCUGGCUGCCGAAGUCUGCAGGUGGUGUUUGCAGCUGGUCGGUCCAGCCGGAGCUGCCGGAAGGCCUGUGGAUUGACGACGACACCGGCGUUAUCUUUGGCUCCCCAGCGGCAUCCGCCGAACAUCGUGUGUACACCGUGGUCGCCACGAACGGCAGCGGAUCUGACAGCUUCACGCUCGAAUUCGGUGUGGAAGGUGCUCGAAAAUGCAGCGCGGAGGCGGCUACACAGUCAGCUUCAUGCCUGGCUUGCGAUGGCUUGGGCUGCAGUCUCUGCGCCAAGCGCCAGGCAGCUCCAGCUGCUGAAGGCCGAGAAUCGCUGCAAUCGCUGCACAGGGAAGCGUAUGUCUGUCGCCUCGAGUGGCGCAAAGAGCGUCGGCCGGAGCACAGUGGCUGGACGUCGCACUCUUUCCUGCAUGCGUUGCUGGAGGAUGGUCGAACCAUGCGCGUCCAGCGCUUCGAGGGCUCCGAUGACUUGGUCACCUGGUUUUGGCCAGGUGAGCAAGCAGCCGAGGGCACCAUCUACAAGGAUAGAGUUGCUCGUGCGGGUGAGCUGAAGCCGAAGCUGACGUCGGCAGAGUUGCGGGACGUCGCCGGCAUGAAGGCCAGCUGCGCCUAUGACACCGCCUAUCACAAUUGUCACCAUUUUGCGCGUGACGUGUGGAACGCUGUGGUCGUGGCCAGCCUGCAAUGCACACACUAUCCUGACAGGCUGAAGAUUGGGCUUCUCCGUGGUGCCAGCAUGCCAUAUCGUGUCAUGGCUCAGGGCUAUGAGAAGGCCUCGUCCCGAUUUCAGACCCAAGAUGACUCGCAGCCUGCGUCAUGUUCAGAUUCGGAGUAG